GCUGCAGAGCUGCACGUUUCUCGCUGCUUUCUGGCUCAACUGCACACCAGCAACAAAGACUCCUCCACAAUGGCGGAUACAGAGAACCCUCCGGCAUCUGAGGAGAAGGACAUCAACCUCGGCUCCAGCCCGUCAGAGAACCCUCCGGCAUCUGAGGAGAAGGACAUCGACCUUGGCUCCGGCCCGUCCUCACCGACGUCACCGCAGCCGGCCGAGGACCAAGAGCCCCCGCCAUACUCUGAGGCCCCGGUCAUGUACCCUGCAGACAAAACCGGGGUCAUCUGCACCCAAAUCAGCACGGGACCUCAGAGCUGCAGCGAAGCCAACCCGGACGUCCCAGAGGACCCGUCUCCUUUUGAGGACAAGAUGGUGCGAAGGGCGUUUAUCAGAAAGGUGUUCUGCAUCGUCACGCUCAUGUUGCUCUUCACCUUCACCGUGGUGUGUGUGUUCACCUUCUCCCAAGUGGUCAGAAAGGCGGUGCAGCGCAACAUCUGGGUCUACGUCAGCUCCGUCAUCGUCUUCCUGGUGGUGUUCCUCAGCCUCAGCCUCUGCAAGACCUUAAGCCGGCGGCACCCCUGGAACAUUGUGGCGCUGGCCGUGGUCAACAUCAGCAUGUCCUACAUGGUGGGGACCAUUGCCUCCUACCAUGACACUGCCGCCGUUGUCUUCACCAUGGGAGCGACGCUGGCCAUCUCCCUGGCCAUCAUCAGCUUCUCAAUCCAGAAUCGUUAUGAUUUCACCAUUUGCUCCGGCCUCCUGGUGGUUCUGGUUGUCGACCUGCUCAUGUUUGCCAUCUUCUCCUCCUUCUACUACUACCGCAUGUUGGAUAUCGUCUAUGGAUGUCUGGGAGCGCUGCUCUUUGCACUGUUCCUGAUGAUAGACGUUCAGCUCCUGACGGGCAGCAUGAGCUACCGUACAAGCCCAGAGGACUAUGUGAGCGCCGCCCUCACCAUCUACCUGGACAUUGUCUUCAUCUUCCUCUACCUGUUGGGGAGGAGGUGAACACAAACACACAGCACAUACACGCACAC